AUGGACAAAACUGUGAUCAAGUACAGACACUGUGGAAGAGACAUUUAUAGUUUUUCACGUCAAAAUGCAACAUAUUCUUGUAAAAAUUACGAUUUGGAGAGAUCUCAUUGUCCGUUCUGUCAUCAGAUCCUCACAUUUGGACUUUUAGACGCACCCGUGACACUUCCCUGUCCUUUUAUAAACGGACACAAAGUUGCAUGUGCAUUUUUGAUAGGAUCAGUUCACGGACCAUCAUAUCUUGGAGAAUGGCAUGACACAGAGAUACAUGUAGGGCUGUCAAGUUCAGAAGGUCUCGUCUAUAACUACACCCUCUCAGGGAUCCAGAAAGAUGAUUAUGGAUGGGAACAGUGUGUCUGUUUACAGCUCGUCCCGCCAUGGAGACAUGACCUGAGGGAAUCAUGGGACAGAGUGCUGGAGGAGUUUUCUGCACUUCCAGAAUGGGUUUCAGAAUGGUACAACACUUCUCAUGCAACACAUGUAAUGAAAUCAUACAUCCUAAAUUAUUAG